AUGUCCUCCAGCGGCUGCACCUUCGAGGACCGGUGCGUGAGCGUGCUGUGCUGCCGGUUCUGCCGGCAGGUGCUGAGCUGGCGGGGCAUGCAGGCUGUGCUGCUGGCCGACACCGACACCGAUCUCUACUCCACCGACAUGCCGCCCUCGGGAACCGUGGAUUUCAUCGGAAGCUGCUAUUUCACUGAGAUCUGCAAGUGCAAACUGAAGAACAUCGCCUGUUUGAAGUGUGGGAAUGUUGUUGGCUACCAUGUGAUUUGUCCCUGCAAGCCCUGCCUGCUGUCCUGCAACAACGGCCACCUCUGGAUGUUCCACAGCCAGGCAGUGUUUGGCAUCAACAGGCUCGACCCUUCUGGUGUGAAUGCAUUGCUCUGGGGCAACCUGCCAGAUCUGGAGGAGAGCACAGAAGACACGUCCUGCACCUCUGAGGAGGAGUACAUCAGAUAAAUGCUACCUGCAGCAUCUUCCCUCCACUUGAGGCCUGGCUUUUUGGUCUGCAUUUAUUUCAUUUCACCUGCUGGCCCAUCACAGCUGGAAAAACCAAGAAAUCUGGAAAAAAAAAAAUCCAAAAAAGGAUAAUUCUUCUUGCUCUUUCCCUGUACCUUCCCUGGACUCCUGAAUCUGCCUGGUGUGCAUCCCCUGAGCAGACACACCUUGGAAAUGCAGACACAAAGUGCAUUUACUGAGCUCUAUUUUGCUUUUUAUUCAAAAGCCUCUACAGCUGAUAAUACUUUUUUUCUUCUUCCCUGAAGCACUUUUCACAAGAGCAAAACCUCUCAGCUGCUUUCAGUUUUUUUAAAAAAAAACUUCAGGAAUAAUCAGGGGCAGUUCUGGAAGAGCUCA